AUGGCUGCACCACCAGCAUAUCAAGCCGUGGCUGAUGGCCCAGCGCCAGACCAAGAUCUCGAUAUCGAAGCACCUUUUACAAACCUCCAAAUCGACCCUGUUCCUCAUGAACCUGAACCCAACGUCUGUCUUGCGCAUCUUCGUCUUCUUUUCGCUUUUGAAGCUUUGAAAGAGGAUGUUGGGUACCAUGACGGUCUGUUCAACAUUUGGGAUUCGCGCGCUGAUGGGAGGAUUGAUGUUAGAGAGAAUGGCGAUGUAGAGGAACAUCACUUUGAUGACAGUUAUGCGCCUGAGCUGGAGGAUAAGAAGAAGUCUCUUAGUAAGAUCCGUGAGAAGCGAUGGACUUUGUUUGUCGCGAGAGCUGUGGAUCGGUACGAAGCGUGGUGGAAUUCUCUGCCGCUGGAUCUGAACCCGUUGGAUGAGUAUCAGAUGCAUGACAAGGCCUCUUUGUCUUUUGGAGGUUUUGUUGAAGGGAGUGGCCGAGAUUGGUGGGAGAAAAAGGCUCUUCCACCUCUCGAUGUUCUCAUGGUAUAUCACUCCCAUCUUCUCAACCCCCACAACUUUUUGGAAGAUUGUAUGCGAAAAGGCCUUCGCGACUUCUGGCAGAAUGGUAUGCCGUGGAAUCAAGUCAACGCCGCUAUUGACGGCUCCUUUGCCUAUAACGUCUCUGACGAGUACAAGGCCAGAUGGGUCGCCCAGACUGGUCGCGAAUGGGAAAACGCCAGUGACUCUACCACAAAGACUCUCAAGUGUCCUAACAAAUUCUGCUUCUCGAGCUUUGAAGUUCCAUGGACAACCUGCGGUCUUGAAGAAACUCCCAAAACACCAGAACGACCAGGUCUUGUCGGUUCAGGCUACGGCGACGGCAAGUUCGAAACACGCUGUCCGAAGUGUAACUUGAAAGUCACCAAGGAAACGCUCAGCGUGGUAAAGUUCUGCAGAGAUGCGGAGCAGUGCGUUCUCAAGCAAAGACCCAUGCCCGGAACACUUCUCUGGCCAGCAAGCGGCACACCGGUUGUAAUGCUGAACCGCACAGGAAACAAAAUUGAUCAACGCAUGUUUCCCAACCGGAUGAUUCAACAUGUUUUGCGCACUCAGAUCCAGACUCUUCUGGAAUCACCUGACCCUGAGAACCCGCCUACCAUGGAGACUGUGCGCAAGCUCAUUGAGACGGAGGCUCUUAUGAAACAAAGUGCUCUCAAGACUAUUCAGGGUAUUGAGACAAAGGGACCUGGACAAGCAUCUGUGUCGAGGUUCUCCAAGGUCGUCAUUCGAAAGAUGAUGUCGAGAUACUGGGAGAACUUCAGUCCUUUUGCCCUCGAUCUCACUGGCGCCGUCCUUCGUCAGACUAUUUUCUCAGAGAAGAUGUGUAAGCUUGACUGGCUGCACUCUCCCACUGCUCGCGAGACCAUGGAGCGAUGCUGUAUGAAAUACAAGCGUUUCAUCAAGAUCAUCUCCAAGAACCCCAAUCGAACAGCCGUUCCUACUCUCGACAUUGACUUGGCGUGGCACACCCAUCAACUUAGUCCUCUGUCUUAUUACCACUACACCACGCGCAAGCUAUUCAAGUUUGUGCGACAUGAUGAUAAAAUUGAAGAUGAUAAGUUGAACGAUGGGUUUGAGUACACGAGCAAGGUUUACCAAGAGUUGUAUGAUGAGGUUUAUUCGGAGUGUACUUGUUGGUAUUGUGAGGCUACGCGGGCGGCGCAUGUUUCUUCUGCGGGAAGGAUUCUGAAGCUUUCUCAUAAUGAGAAGAUUACGGACAAGUUCUACGAGUCUGGACAGGCGGAUAUGUGUCCACCCGACAACUCAGCCCACAUCUCCUCCCACAACGCCGUCCGCACCAACGACGAAGCACUCCUCGCAUCCAACCAAAUCGAAAAGGUCCAGAACAGAAUGCGCGCAGUACAAAAUAAGCGAUUGGAAGAAAACUACCAAAAAGCCUGUAAACGCGCUGAGAAGAAGGGUCGAAAACUUCCACCCAAGGACCAAUAUUAUAACCACUGGGGUUAUCCGUACAUGAUGUACGGUCCGUUUAUGGCGCCUGUUAUGUUUGUUCCUGUCUAUGCUUACGGAGCUGCGCCGGCUUGUGCGGCUGGUAGCUGUGGUGGAAACGCUGCUGGAGGAGCGUGUUCUGGUGGUGGUGGUGAUGGUGGUGAUGGGGGUGGUUGCGGAGGAGGAGGUUGUGGUGGAGGAGGUGGAUGCGGUGGUGGAGGAGGAUGUGGAGGGGGUGGUGGUGGUGGCUGUGGUGGUGGAGGAGGUGCUUGA